GCAGCUGCAGCUAAUGCAACAGGAGCAUCUGGAGCAGUCGCAGCAGUUCGAGGACCUUCAGGAGCUGCGGCGGCAAGUGCGGCAACUCCAGCGGCAGGUGCGGGAGGCCGGGGCGCAGCUGCAGACCUCCCAGCGGCUGCUGCGGCUGCGUGCGGAGCGGCUGCAGGAGGCGUUCGACACCCGAGGAGACGUCUUGCUGGCAGAGUUCGAAGCCUCCAUCCCGGACUUUGUGAGCGGCGCGGAGCGGCUGGCGAAGCGAGUGGAGCCGCGCCGGCUGGUCGUGACCAUGGCCUGGAAGGUUCUCAACGGAGCGCCCCUGAGCUGGGACGGCGUCCUGUCCGCGGUGGUGUACUGCGCGCUGCUCGUCAAGAGCCUCGGGGCCUGCGGGCGGCUGGGAGACUCGGAGAAGACGCGGCCCCUGACGGACCUGGUGGCCGCUGUGCUGCUGGUCGAACGCAGAAGCUGGCUCAUGGAGCACGGAGGCUGGGAGGGCUUCCUGCGAGCGCUCGAGCCGGGGACUCCCACCUAGGAGAGGAGCCACAGACGUCGAGCUCCGACGGGCAGCGGCAGUGGAGACGAGUAGAGAGAGAGGAGAGAGUGAGGAGAGAGUGAGGGGAGAGAGUGAGGAGAGAGAGUGAGGAGAGAGUGAGGGGAGAGAGUGAGGAGAGAGAGAGAGGAGAGAGACAGAGAGAGGAGAGAGACAGAGUGAGGAGAGAGACAGAGUGAGGAGAGAGGGGAGAGAGAGAGGAGAGAGUGAGGAGAGAGAGAGUGAGGAGUGAGAGAAAGCGCAUCGUAAUUUCUGAAUCGUGAUGUAAACAUUUUAAACUUGAGGGAAUUCAUGUCUUGGCAGUGGCAAUGAGAGAUGCAAACAUUGAAAUGGUUCGGGGCUUGAAUCGGAUGAAAAUUCAGAGGCGUUAAAACGUGCAAACUACCAACUGAAAUGUUCAUUAUUUUAAAGAAAUUCCACAAGAACAAUAGUCGUGGGGUACGUGUUGCUGUGUGCGUUUACACAAUUUGACUUGAAGUCUUCCCGCAGAAAUCUGCUUACACAGAAACAAAACAUACAGCCAAGGAAUUGUGGUGACGUGUUGUUUUAAAUUGUCUGAAUUUUUGUAAAACACUUUUAAGUCACAACAUCAGACAGUAGUUUUGAUCGUUGAUGAAUAAUGUUUGUGUGUUUAGCGUUACCGACAUAAAGUGCGUGCAAGUAAGUCGUGAUUUUUAAACGUAAUCUUCACUUAUCAUGGAACACAAAUCUGAGUAGUAGUAGUAUCAUGGCAAGGAGCUGUGUGAACAUAUAGCUGGAUACUCGCAGUCACCUCAACAACAAGUCAUUCUCAUGGUCUGAGAAAAGGAUUAUUUGAAACUCUUUCGGGAAAAAACAAGUAUUACAUAAAUAAUAUAGAUAAUAGAAAUAAGAGAAUUGUUGAAAAAUAAUUAUUUUAUUUUAUUAUAAUGUCUAAGCCACGCAGGAAAACAUUGAAAUUGAUCAAUAAC